CAAAGACAUCUCGUAAUACGUUUUGAAUACUCAAGAGUGAGUUGUGCAGGUGAGGUUAAAACUUGACCGCUUCUAAAAUAGGUUAGGUUUGAAGGCAGCAACUGAAAAUCAGUUUUUUUUCCUCCGACGGUUUCUGCAGCGCCCAUCCUGAUCACAAAAUCUAGAGAAAUAUAAAGAUCGUGUUUAGGAAAACGGAGUUUUGGCUCAAUUUCUCAUUGUAAUGAAAAUUAGAAAAGAUUUGCACUCGAGGGAUUCAUCAUGGUUCUGGUUUGAAUUGAAGCGGAGGCAAAAUACUUCAGGUACGGUUAGUCGGUGCUAUCCGGCAUUACUUGUCCUCUCUUAAAGAAAAUCGUAUAAGUUAUCCUGGUAAUUAUAAUACGUUUAAUUUUUGUCUGUGUAAAUUAUUAGUCAAUUUUUUUAAUAGAGUAGUGGAUAUGAUUUUACAUUUUUUAUUUGUUUUCAAUUAAUGGACCCUUUUAUGUUGAUUACUUUUUUAUUCAGAGAUACUCGAAUGUGUUCUAGAUCAAUGGAUAUUAGUUCUUGAAGGUUGUGUGGUUUUUGGUAUUGUUUAAUGUUUAAUGAAGCUCUACUUUUAUAACAGUAAUAGUCAUGAAUAAGGGGUGUUUAAAAUGAAUAUUAAAGAAAGUGAAUAAAUAUAUUGGUUUCAGUUGAUAUUGUUAUUUUGAAUUUAACAAAUAUAUCAAAAGUGUAGAAUGAAUUACAGAAACUGGCAUUUGUUCAGUAGAUUCCAGAAAUUAAAAAGUAUUAGUUUAGUUUAGUUUACUUCACACUUCACACUUGACAUUGUUGUUUAGAAUCAUAGAAAUAAGUAAACUCAAUUUGUAAUGAAAACAACUGGUUUUUCCAAACCUGUUUGUAAUACAGAUUGUCAAAAACUUCUUGGUAUACAACAUUUGUUGUUGUGGUGCAUGUUUGGUCAUUCUCAUCCAAAAUGAGUAUCUUCAAACCUUUUCUUGAACGUACUCUUUUAGAGUUGGCCAUGAGUGAAAACAGGUCGUGGAAGGAAUAAGCCAACAUGAGAUAAUGACUGACCUUGACUCUUAUUGAUGGUCAUAGCAAAACAUAAUACCAAAGGGAAUUGCCUUCUUUGGAACUUUAUAGGCUGAUUUGAAUCAGAUGGUAUGAGAUUCAUUCUUGGGAUGAAUAUUUUGUCUCCCCUUCUAAUUCCAAUCAAAAUAAUUUAUUGUUAAUCUAGUUCCAUUGCAUAAACCUCCCCUUUGAUCGAUGUUUACCGGAACACCAACUUUGAGUAUUAAUUUAUGAUUGGGAAGGCCAGAGCAUUUGAUAUCAUUCAAAAACUUAGUUGUAAACCACUCUCCUUCCAGUUCAUAAUUUUCAUCAGAGUGGCAUGUAGAGUCAGAACUAAGAUACUCUAUUCCUUGUCCAGGAAUAAGAGAUAACAUAUAAUUGUUAAUUUUCUCAACUGCUUCUAAUGUUGGCGCCAAUAUAGACCUGUCCUCAAAAAAUGGGAGUUUAGUGUAAUUAUUUAGUAUAUCUGGAUAGGCAAAGCAUACUAAACUUUCCAUAGGACAUUCAACAUUAUGGAUCAAUAGGUCUUGAGGAAUGUGCACUUCUGAUUUGCCGUAUUUGGUUCUUACUCUAGGACCAUCUCCUAAAUGUAGUAUCCACUUUGCGAAUUCUACGUAUAUCAUCUAAACUGUCAUCUUGUAUCACAGUUUUUAAUCUCAUGUUCUCGGUUAAUUUUAAAAUCUUACAAAACUGACAUAGAUUUGAAGAAUUUAUAACAGCUCCAACGAUGUCGCCUCUGGAUCCUUUAGGGACAACAUGCAGAAUAUGCCUAAAAUAUCCUCCAAGAACGAUGACCUUUCCUCCAAAUGGUUGUUGUAAGCUAUUUGGAUUUUUUGAUCUCAUCAUAUCUCUUAGUGUUCUAUCUGAUAGCCAUUAUAUUUACUUGUGUUUAACAUAAGUAUUUAUAAGUAUUUGUUGAAUAAAAGAAGAGAAAUCGGGCAAAUACCUUCAGAAUGAGAGCUAGAGCAUAAAACAUUUUGAUGAAGAGCUUUUUGGACCAAGAGGAUGACGUUCUGCCCAUAAUUUGAGUAUAACAUAUUGUAGAGAACUCGAAAUCACUCAAUUCGAAUUUCAUGUGAAUGUUAACUCAAUAAGGUACAAAUGUUAUGAUGAUUUCACGGCUAGAAUAUGAAAGGAUCAAAAAUCAAUCAACCAAUAAAGUCAGAAGUUGCUGGUGGAAUUUCAGGAUGCAUACCUCUCAAUGUUGUAUCCAUAUCUUUUGAUUGGAUGAAUAAAAUCACGUCAUUCAAGUUUUGGUAGAUAGAAGACUUCAUUAUCUACAACUUUGGUGAAGGAAUCUUGUCCAAAUUCAUUGCGGAUCAGCCCCAAAAUCCUAGGACGAAACCGGCGCCGGAAUUUCAUCAAACCGGCGCCGGUUUGAUUUAAUUUGCUAUUUUCCGGAUUCGGCGAGAGCAAACCGGAGCCGGUCCACCUCUAUAACCGAUUCCGGUUAUGAUAUUUUUCCGUAUUUUCCCAGCGCCGAAAGAAGACCGGCGCCGGUCAGGCCUGAAACUGGUGCCGGUUAGGUCCGAUUCUGCACAAAACAGGGAGACGUGCAACAAUAUUUUGAUGGGAAAUUCUCACCUCCUCAUGAUCUGAUCAAAUAUAUCUUCCAUGCCUCAUUGUUGGGCUCGAAUAGACUAAAAGAUACCAAUCUAUAGCCUAUAUAAAGCCCUCAAUUCAUCAAACAAGAUGAUCAUUCCAUCUUUGGAGCUUAAAUUUCAGUUUUUAUAUUUUAUUUUUGUAUUAUCUUGAAGAGUUGGAGAAGAAGCCAUUUCUCUCCUCUACAAUUGGUUCUAGGUAUUUUUUCUUGUAUGUUAUUGUAUUUCUUUAUUCUUAGUUACACUUUUGUAAUUAAUAUGAGCAUUAGUAGCUAAUUUCUUAGUUUAGGCUAGGGAUGAACUUCUAUGCCCACUAGAUGUUUGAUAAAAGUUCUAAACUAAUAAAUUGUGGUUUAUGCUUUAUAUAUUGAUUAUUUAUGACUAUGGUGUACAACAUAGAAGUAUGUUAAAUUUAGUUUAUACUUGCAAUUAACGUUGAAGUCUAAACUAUGAACAUUAAAGGAUGAACAUAUAUAGUACCGAGAAUAGAAAUAUAUCCGGUCUUAUAUGAUACGGGUGUGAUGUCUUGAUAUUCAACGGGGUUUUCGGUAGAUGAAUGUAAGCCGUAACGGGACUUACACGUAACGAAAACCACGCUCUCGUUGCCUUAACCGGAGUUGAGAAUAUAUUAGCGACAUCGUAUUCAUAAUUAUUGGUAAAGAACUAAUAUUCAACCCUAUUAAAGCAUUUAAGUGAUUCCCGAAGCCUUAGUUGUUGUUAUUAUAAAUCUUAAACUCAAAAUUAGUUAACGAUUAUCUUCUUGAACAAAAAGUGAAAAACCAAAAAUAUAAAACACAAAUCAAAAUCCCUGCACUUUACUCAUUUCUUCAUUCAAAGUUAUCUACUCACAGACUAAAUUAAACGUUUCCUUGUGGAUUCGACCCGGUAUUUUACCGGAAUUUAUUACUAUAUCGGCACUUGUACACUUGCAAGUUUAGCCCGGUCAAGUUUUUGGCGCCGUUGCCGGGGAAACGGUCUUGUUUAAUAAAGUCCAAAGAAAAAGAAAAAAAAUAACAAUCACUUAAAAAUCCUGAAUUUAUUUUACUCUUCACAACUUCACUUGAUCUUGGAAAGGUUUAUUUUUGUGUGUGUAGAUAUUCCUUUUGUGUUUGCAUGCAUUUGAGAAGUCAAGGUUCUAAAUCUCUUAAACCACUUGAUCUUGAAAUAGAAAAAACUUACAAACACAUUCGGAAGGAGCAAAAAGCCACAAAGAUGAUGCCCACACUAAAUGAGAGGAAGAGACCUGUUGUUGCAACUUCCCCGUUUUGCAUUGUACUAAGCGAGGAAGCGAGAGAUUAUGAACUAAAGCAUAGCUACUUCAACGCUAUGCCUCAGUUUCAUGGGCAUUCGAGGGAAAAUCCACUGAACUUUAUCACGGAGUUCUAUGGAUUUAUUCAAGGGAUUCCAAGGAAUACGAUCACCGAAGACGAUCUCAAGCUCAAAUGCUUCCCCUAUACUUUCAAGGGGGCAACAAGAGGAUGGUUCCUAGAGCAAACUCCAGCGAGCUACACAACAUGGGAAAGUAUUUACAAUGCCUUCAUGUCCAAAUACUACACGCCCACCAUGACUCAAGAGCUUAGACAACGCAUUUUCAAUUUCAAACAACAAAAUGGUGAGCUCUUUCAAGACGCAUGGCGGCGUUUCAAAUCAUUGUUAAGGGAAUGUCCACACCACCGCAUUCCCCUUGAUCUUCAAAUUGACACGUUCUACAAUGGUUUGAAUGCACAUUGUCAAGCCAUCGUAGACAACCGAGCCGAGGGCUACAUUGGAAUCAAGAAUGAAACUCAAGCACUCUGAAUCAUUGAGUCUAUUGCCUCAAAUCCCCAACUUCAAGGAGGUGAUUUCAAAGUGGUCGGGAUCAAUGAAAUCUCGAUCACAACGGAGAUAAAAAAGGUUUGAAGAAAUGGAAUCAAAGUUUGAGCAAAAAUUCCAAAUGGUUCUACGAGCCGUAUUGGGAGGAGUCAAGCAAGUAGCCAAUGUGGAAAGCAUAUAAAACCCGGAAGGUGAUUUAUCUCAACAUCUUGAAGAGGUAAAUUAUAUGAACUCUUAUGGGAAUCGGGGAAACAACAAUUUUUCUAAUCAACAAAGGUGGAACCAAGGGAAUAAUUGGAAGCCACAAGCUAGUUCCUCACAACCUCAAUCCGGAGCACCAAAUUUUGGGCAAUCCAAAGAAACCACCAUGGAGGAUAUGAUGCAAUUCAUGUCCAAGAGCAUGUCAAGCAUGAAGGCCCAAAAUGAAGAAAACAAUAAUAGAGUGGAGGCAUCCAUUGGGAAUCUCCACUCUCAAUUCACCAAGUUGGAUCUUUAUUUUGAAGAUCAAAAUAUGAAGCUCAACCAACGCAUCGACACCAUUGAGCAAUACAACAAGGCAUCCAUCCGGAAUCUUGAAGUUCAAAUGGGGCAACUCGCCCAAAAAGUGAGUUCUAGAGAGCAAGGUAAAUUCCCUACAACUACGGAGGUGAAUCCGAGGGAGAGCGUCAUGGCCAUUACAACAAGAAGUGGGAGAAAAACGGAGGACCCUAAGAUGCCGGAGAGAAGAAAGACAGUGGAGAAACAAGAAGUGGUUGCACAUACACUGCUCCCAUCUAUCAUGGCUCAAUAUGUUCCUCCCAUUCCCUAUCCACAAAAAUUGAAAAAGAAAGGAGAUGACAAGAAGUACAAGAAAUUUCUUGAUAUUUUCAUGAAAUUGAGCAUCAACAUACCUUUUGCGGAGGCCAUUGCGGAGAUUCCAUCAUAUGCAAAAUUUCUUAAAGGUAUCAUCUCCAACAAAAAGAGGUUAGAGGAAUUCAAAACCAUGGCACUAACGGAGGAAUGUAGUGCCAUUAUUCAAAACAAACUUCCUCCAAAACUAAAAGACCCCGGAAGCUUCACUAUUCCAUGCUCUAUUGGAAACGUCGGGGAGGUAAGGUCUCUUUGUGACCUUGGUGCUAGCAUAAAUCUUAUGCCCUACUCUCUAUUUAAAAAAGCUAAGUGUGGGGGAACUCCAACCAACAAUGGUCGCCUUACAAUUAACGGAUAGAACAAUCCGUUAUCCAAUAGGCAUCAUGGAGGAUGUUCUUGUCAAAGUUGGAAAAUUCUACUUCCUGGUAGAUUUUCUUGUUUUGGACAUGGAAGAGAUGGAGAUCCCCGUCAUCCUUGGGAGAUCAUUUUUGGCUCCUCAACAGCCGUCAUUGAUGUACAAGCGGGCACGGUAAAGCUAAGAGUGGGAGGAGAUGAUGAAACAUUCCAUGUAUGGAAGACACAAUCCACUCCAACUCAAAACAUGAACAACAACACAAACCGUUUCACACCUCCCAAGGUCAUAAACAUCAUGGACAUCAAGAAGGCACGCAUAUUUGGGCCUGAGGAUCCUCCAACACACCCCGAAGACGUACUCGAGAUCACACCAACGAACAACGAAGUUCUUCCGAAACUCUACCCGAUGAAAGGAGGCACAAUGAUCAAAUUCUACCGGAGAAAAGCUUCACAUCCACCUCCUUAAGAGAGGUACGUUCAUCGGGCCUAUGACGUUAAACUAAGCGCUAAUUGGGAGGCAAUCCAACACAAAAAAAUCAAUUAUAAAUAAAUAUGUUAGUUAUACACAUAAUCAUUUUUAUUUAUAAUUGAACAAGAAUCAAUUAUGAAUAAUAAUGCUUAUUUAAAAUAACAUAUUCGUAUUUAUUUAUAAUUGGCGAAAAAAUAAAAAAAAAGAAUAAAAAAAAUCAUCAUCUCAGCUUAUCAUGGGAAUUCCUACUCUGAAGAACACCUCGUUCCACUAUCGAGGAUUUCAUCUUUCAUUACAUUCUCCAACCUACAUUGAGGAUAAUGUAUCUCAAGUGUGGGGGUGCAUCUCAUGGUUAGUUAAACAAAUUUUGUGUACAAAAUAAGUUUUUUUAGGAAGAUAAAAGUUGUGAUAAUCCUCUUUUUAAUGGGUAUUUGGUUGAGAAAGUUUUGAUUAUUCACAAAAAAACUAGGGAAAGUUCCCGAAAUAGGACUAAAACAGUUUCAAAAUAGGACUGUCAUGUUUUUAUUCCCAAAAUAGGACUAAUUACUAUCAUGUUUAGAAAAUACUGCCAUGUUUGAAGUCUGGUACUGCCAAAACAUGGCAGUAAUUAAUCCUAUUUUGGGAAUAAAAACAUGUCAAUCCUAUUUUUGGAAUUUUCAAACUGUUUUAGUUCUAUUUUGGGUAAUGUCUCAAAAAACUAUCAUUUUUUAGAUUUAUUACAUUACUCUUUACUCUUGAAAAUCAUUCCCAAAAUAAAUCUUGUGACUAGGAAACACCAUCUUCCUCCAUUUCCAAAAAUGGUUUAAGAACAUCUUAAAUAUUGAAGAACCAUUUUGGAAAACAUGCCACCCACAUAUCUCAUCAAAUAAAUUGGGAUGAUCAAAAUGACUUUCAGUAAAUGCUUGUUGAGAACCAAUUCAAAUGAGUAUUAAAAAAACUCAUGUUCUCUUUCAAGAAUUUCAACUGAUCCACUUCUAUACUGAAAAGUCAAACACACCUAAAAGCCAUCCUACUCACCCAAAAAGUCCUAGUCACAAUCCACUCAUCUACUCUCAAGGGUAUAAGUAAUUUUUCUAAAUCUAAUGAUAGUUUUGUGUGUCUAACAGAAAUUUGGUUUUGGACCGAGAAUGAUAAAAGAGUUUACAUAAUUUUUUUACCUCUUAAAAUUAAAAUUAUUUUUGUUCAUAUAUUUUUCUUGAAACUAACCAAGGCAUCCAAAGGUGAUAAAAUUGCUCGAGGACUAGCAACGCUCAAGUGUGGGGGGAUUUGAUAGCCGUUAUAUUUACUUGUGUUUAACAUAAGUAUUUAUAAGUAUUUGUUAAAGAAAAGAAGAGAAACCGGUCAAAUACCUUCAGAAUGAGAGCUAGAGCAUAAAACAUUGUGAUGAAGAGCUUUUUGGACCAAGAGGAUGACGUUCUGCCCAUAAUUCGAGUAUAACUUAUUGUAGAGAACUUGAAAUCACUCGAUUCGAAUUUCAUGUAAAUUUUAACUCAAUAAGGUACAAAUGUAAUGAAGACGUCACGGCCAGAAUAUGAAAGGAUCAAGAUUCAAUCAACCAAUAAAGUCAGAAGUUGCUGGUGGAAUUUCAGGAUGCAUACCUCUCAAUGUUUUAUUCAUAUUUUUUGAUUGGAUGAAUAAAAUCAUGUCAUUCAAGUUUUGAUGGAUAGAAGACUUCAUUAUCUACAACAUUGGUGAAGGAAUCAUUUCCAAACUCGUAGCGGAACAUCCCCAAAAUCCCAGGACAAAACCGGCGCCAUAAUUUCACCAAACCGGCGCCAGUUUGAUUUAAUUUGCUAUUUUCCGGAUUCGCCGAGAACAAACCGGCGCCGGUCCACCUCUAUAACCGGCGCCGGUUAUGGCAUUUUUCCGUAUUUUCCCAGCGCCGAAAGAAGACCGGCGCCGGUCAGGCCUGAAACCGGCGCCGGUUAGGUCCGAUUAUGCACAAAACAGGGAGACGUGCAACAAUAUUUUGAUGGGAAAUUCUCACCUUCCUCAUGAUUUGAUCAAAUAUAUCUUCCAUGCCUAAUUUUUGGGCUCGAAUAGACUAAAAGAUGCCAAUAUAUAGCCUUUAUAAAGCCCUCAAUCCAUCAAACAAGAUGAUCAUUCCAUCUUUGGAGCUUAAAUUUCAGUUUUUAUAUUUUAUUUUUGUUUUAUCUUGAAGAGUUGGAGAAGAAGCCAUUUCUCUCCUCUACAAUUGGUUCUAGGGCUUAUAACAGAUAAGGAGCUGUACACAACAUCAACCAUUGGAGUGGUUAUAUCAGUUGGGUGGAGAAAAGAGAAGACAAUGAUUUAAGUAAUAAUAGUUGUGAUUUUUGUUAGUAUUAUACGGUUCGUGAAUAAUACAAUAAUACGUACGUUCGUGUAUA